CGUCGCUAAAAGGAUUAUUCUAAACCUCUUUGCUCUCGGUGCUGAAGCUGAGUUGUCUCCGCUGAACGGCUCCACUCUUCCCCCGGUGCCGUGUUCGAUUCCCCGGGUGGUGUUGAAGCACAGGAGGCGGGAGGAUGAGCUCCGGAGCCGGCCUCGACUACAGCGUGUGGGACCACAUCUACGUGUCCGACGACGAGGACGCGGUCAACCCGUACGUGGACACACCGAGUCUGUUCCGGAUGAGACACCGGACGCGCUUGGAGAGAAUGGCUGAGUUUCAGCAGAGAGGGGAGGAUCUGGAGAACAACUUGGCUGAAUGCAAGAGGUUGUUCGAGGAAGCCCGGGGACGACUGAGAGAGCUGGAAGAAGGACGGAAGGAGGGAGAGGAGGAUGAGGAUGAGGAGAGGGAGGCUGAGCUGAAGAAGGUCCAGGCUGAGGCGAGAAAACUGAAGAAGGAUGAAAAGACGUUUGCGAACAUGUUGAAAGAACACCAGCGAGAGGAGAAGAAACUGCCCUGGAAUGUGGACUCCAUCAGCAAAGAAGGUUUCAGCAAGAGUAUUGUGAACGUCCAGCCUGAAAACAAGCAGGAAACCGAGGCGGAAAAGUUGGAGAAGCACAAAACCUUCGCGGAGAAGCACGCGGAGGAAAUCAAACACUUUGGGAUGUUGCGGCGUUGGGACGACAGUCAGAAGUAUCUGUCAGACAACCCACAUCUGGUGUGCGAAGAGACGGCGAACAGCCUCGUCGUCGCCUGCAUCGACUUUGAGGCAGACGAGAAACAUGCAGUGAUGGAGCAGGUGGCGCACCAGGCCAUCGUGAUGCAGUGUAUCUUGGAUUUGAGUCGGACGCUGAAGGUCGACCCAAGAGGCUGCUUCAGGCAGUUCUUCUCAAACAUCAAGACUGCAGACCAGACGUGCCAGGAUGCAUUUCACCACGAGCUGGAGCUGCUGAAGGAGCGGGUGCGCAGCUGUGCACAGAUUCGUAUGGAGAGCGCCAUGGGGGAGGUGGAGGAGGAGGAGGAGGAGGAGAGGGAGAAGAGACUGGGCCCCGGGGGUUUAGACCCUGUAGAGGUCUACGAAUCGCUGCCUGAGGAAAUACAGAGGAGCUUUGAUGAGAAGAACAUCCAGAUGCUGCAGCAGGCGAUGAGCAAGCUGCACCCGGAGGAAGGAAAAUACCACCUGAAGAGAUGUAUUGACUCUGGAUUGUGGGUGCCGGAGUCAGGAGAGGGUGAUGAGGAGGAUGAUGAGGAAGAGGAGGAUGAAGAGGAUGAGAACGAGAGCUAAAGUUAAAGGAAACAAAUGAAUCAAAUGGGAGAAGGGAUGAUACACGUGUUCUUUCCCUCCAUGUUGACUUACAUCAUCACUUCAGGAUCACUUUUCUUUUUGUGUCAUUAGUGUUUGGCAGCUCUGUAAACGUCUCUGUUGACUUUGUUGGUAUUUGACUGUCAGUAAUGUUUCAUUCAUAAAAUAUGUCACAAUGUAUAAUUUAUAUAUUGUAGAAAUGUGAAUAUUUAAUAAUCAGGUGGAGUAAAUUAUUAAGUUAUUUUAAAAAAUGUACAUAAUGGAAGAGCAGUGUUUAGACAAUCACACUUGAAGCUACUUUGUGCAACAGAGUAAAAGAGGAAUGUAUAUUUGUUGCUGAAUAAAAGUCAUUAGAAACAGAAAUCACAGAUUUAUUCCUAAUUUUACUGUUACUAGUCCUUUUAAAAGUUUUUACUUGUGAUCUGCCCUUUUUCUUUUUUUGAUUAUAGCAUCUUCAUCUCCUCAAACUUUAAACACACUUAAGUCUAAAGUUCAGAAAUCAUUCAGUACAUAUUUUAAAUUCUAAACCUUUAUAAACAAGUUCAAAUCCGCCUAUCAACAUUAACACAGGUUGAGAACCACGAGUUAAGAUCUGAGACACUUGAAUAAUGACAUUUGAUUACGUCACAGGAUCUCACAGGUUCAACAGCCUGUCCAGUGUGAUCUGUUCUACUGGGACAAUGGCGCCAUCUGCUGUCUGUUUGGGGACAAACUCAUAAACCACAUCAGCAGCCUGACUGAUGAAUUAUUUUAUAUCUUUACUUAUUUAACUUACUCGUUACGAGAGCGUCUCACUGAUAAGAUUCAGAUUUUCUAGUAUUUUUGUUUGAAACAUAACUGAAACAAUAAUCACGCGAUAAAAAGUUGGUGAUUCAUUUUGUAUCAACGGUUUGAUCGAGUAUCGUUAAAAUCUAAAGUGAUUUGAAGUUUGAGAAAUGUUUCUAUUGUAAUUUAAUAGUUUUUGGGUGAAGGUUUUACCCACAAUAUGUUGUAUUCUGUAUUUGUGCCUGAAGUUGUGACACAGUUUGUAAGUUGUGUUGUAGAACUUAAUAAAACUAGAGUUUAUUUUCAGUUUAUGAA